AUGUCUUUCCGCGACGGCCAGCGCCGGUAUGGCCAUGUGCCCCCCGUCCAGUACCCCACCCCAGACCAUUCGCAAGAUCAGUCUUCUCACCUCGGCCGACGCCCGAGUUUCAACAACGGUGACGAUGCCGCCAUGUUCGACCAAAAUCGAGCGCAAGCCCACGGCCAUCAGCACACACCUUCGCGAGGCGAAGACGAGCUGUUCCUGACGAGCCCGACUGGAUCGAGCCAUUCCGGAGGUCGACACAGCUACGGUUCGACAAACAAUGCCCUCUCCGGCUACCAACAUCAGUACCAAGCCUCGUCGCCUCCUUCCUCGUCUCACUCGACCUACAACCCCCAGGCCUUUGCGCGAACGCCGUCGACAGCGACAUCGACCUCGCUUCCCUACCUUCCCCACCCGUCCCACCGAUUCGCAUCGACCACUUCGCCGACUUCUUACACUCCUCCUGCCGCGCCCGGCUACACGCCGUCUGCUUACAACCCGGCCGCCUACGCCGGCACCGCCGCCCCCCAGCGGCAACCGACAUAUUCUGGCUACAACAACUACAGCCAGAGCUACGGCUCCCCGACCUCGCCCCAACCCUCUGCGGGAUUCGGCCAGUCGCCUCCUGCUUCAUACCCUUCCUCAUUCCAGCCGAUGCAGGCGGCCGGAACCUCGCCCGCUCCGGCUUACGAGCCGUCGUACUCACAGUCCUACGGUGACGACUACGGCGCGUACGGUACGAAUGGUGCCAACUCCACGUAUGCGGCAUCCGACACAUCAUCGACCCCAUAUCCGAUCCAGUCAGAGAUGCCUGUCGGGCCAAAUUACGCUGCCGAUCCCUCCUCUUACUACACCAUACCCGCACGGUCCGACUCGGUAACGUCCCCGAUUUCUUCGCCGCAGCUUCCACAACAGCAACAUUCUCCCGGUUUACAACGACAUCCGACCAACGCCCCCCUUCCCAGUCGCCCGCCGGAAGAGCCUACCUGGGACCCGAGCUCAACCCCCAUCAACGAGGACCAAGCUCAACUCAUGCAAGACAUCGAGGCGGAACUUGGCGGACGACAUCGUCCUAUGCCCAUCAACGGCGGUCAAUUCUCCGACGACGAACUUCAAGGCUUGCGGCGUUACAACUCUGAUUUGGCCAACAUGAACCCGUCGACCGCUUCGAAUCGAAACAACCCCACUCUUACCGUGGAUUACGAAGAUGACGACGACCCGGAGGGAACUGCGGGGCUGCUUGCCAUGCAGCAGGCCGACCUGGAAGACCGUCGAUUCAGCAACAUGGGAGUGAUAUACGAUGCGACGGCGGCUAGCAACGCUCUUCAAACCAUGCCCGAGGAGCAGAGCGAUGGUACCGACUAUGGUGGGAUGGAUCUGGGUGCCCUUGCUGGGGGCUACGCUGGCAGUCUGGCUUACGGCAGUAACGUGCCGGUACAAGACGGAUCGCGUCCGCUACCUAAUCCGAACGACUACUCCCAGGCGCCCGAAUUCAGAAACGCACAAAUCGACUACGGAGGUACCGGUGGACUACAAGCCCCCACUACUCACCGCCUGAGCUUCGACGAGGGCGACGCUGAACACGUUUCUCUUAACUCGAGGCAGAGUGGCAGCGAGUCACCGUACAAGGAGGACUAUCCCGACAUCUUUUAUCACCCAGGCCUCACGAAUAGGCCCCUUCCGGCAUUGCCAGGUCCGGGAAGCGACACGAGCUCCAUGCUCUCAGCACAGCCGUCUCGUAGCUACCACUCGCACUCUCUUAGCAACGACUCCCGCACCCUGUACGCGGAUAGUUCCGACUUCAUCCAAAGCACGACGACGCUCAACUCGGCCAACUCACCAUUCCCUGAGCGAUCCAUUUCUUUGAGCCACAACCAUACCACUCAGGUUCCAGUGCAGACUCCUGCACGAUCACGGACAGAUGCAGCCGAUGAGCGGAGAAAAAUGGCCAGGCACCUGCAGCAGCAGCAACACCUGGCGGCGCAACAGGGAUCACCAUACGGUUCUGACCUCGAAACGUCGUCGUCGAUAGCGUAUGAUUUCACGUUGCCCACCGGCCGCAAGAGGAAGUUCGUCCCCUCAAAAUUGACGUCUGGCGAUCUUAGGAGGUGCACGGAGCCGUGGGCCUUGAGCACAAUUGCGGCUUGGAUUCGAGAGAUGGCCGAUGGCGAACCCGACUUGAAGCAGAAGACGGUCGAAGAAGCGUUGCUCAAGCUCUUCACGGCCAAGGUUCCCACCAUCAAUGUGGCCGACGCAGAACUUCUCAGUGCUCGGGUGUCUCAGUUGAUGCUGGACGCGGGCGUCCUGGUACCGGAGGAGGAGUGGGUCAAGUUUGGCGGUGGCCAGAUAUCUGGUGUCCUGCCCCAAAUGACAGGCGGUGGUUGCUAUGCAGGGAAGCUGCAUGAGGAUGAUUCCCAGGCUGGCCGGUGCUACUCGUACCACUGCAUGAGAACGCUGAAGAAAGCCAAUCUGGACGAGCUACUCCUAGAGGAGGUGAAGUCUGUCGACUGGAACGUCCACUACAAAGUUCAAGAGGCCGACAUGGCCGAAAAGCCGAAGAAGGAGGUCGAGCGCCAACACGUACUGCACGAAAUCGUCAACAGCGAAGAGUUAUUCGUCAACCAGCUUGAGGUCCUUCGAGUCUUGUACAGGGACCACCUUCGGAACAGUCAACCGCCGAUUAUCCCUCCCAACAAGAUCGAUAAGUUCCUUCAGGUUGUGUUUGGAAAGGCCGACGCUGUACAAAUCGUCAACAAAGAUAAUUUGUUGGCACAGCUGAAGUACAGACAACAAGAGCAAGGUCCGUGGAUCAACGGUUUCUCGGACCUCUUCCGUGAGUGGAUCCGAAAGGCCAGAGACGUCUACAUCGACUAUGCCUCCCAGUUCCCGUACGCCGAGUACAUGGUGCGGAAGGAGUCUGACCGUAACCUACUCUUCCGCAAUUUCCUGGAUCAAGUGCAGAAGCACAAACGCUCUGAGCGUCUGGGUUGGCAGCAUUUCCUAAAGACCCCGAUUACACGUCUCCAGAGAUACUCUCUACUGCUCGAGACCGUCGAAAAGAAAUCAGUUCGAGACGACGAGGAGAAGGCCAACUUGGCCAGGGCAAUCGCGGAGAUUCGCAGCGUGACCAUGGAAUGUGACACCAAGGUCGCUGAGAUGCAAAAGAAGGUGGAGAUGAUGGAGCUCAACUCCAUGCUCGUGCUCAGACCCGGCUUUCACUCAGUCCUUAACCUCGACCAUCUCGGCAGAGAGCUUAUUAAGCAGGGCGAUCUGCAGCGGAUGGGUUCAAAGGGUGUGAGAUGGGUUGACACACAUGCGUUGUUGUUUGAUCACUACUUCAUUCUUGCCAAGGUUGUCAGUUCCAAAGACGGCAGAGGCGAGAAGAAGUAUGACGUGUCGAAGGAGCCAAUUCCGAUGCCUCUGCUUUUCCUCGACACUAUGAACGAUGACCCGAUAUCGAAGCAGAAGGGUAUCACUGCGCCCCUGGCUAGGAACGCAGGCGCUGGAGGCUCGGAUCCAAGACUGAACAAGAUCACAACAAAUGGUACCGAGCGGCCGGGCCUCGAACAUGUGGCUACGAGCUCCUCGAUCGGAUCGACCUCAACAUCAAGACUCACACCAUCCCUAUCCACUGACCCUGAAGGCAAGAUCCUUUACCCAUUCAAGAUCAAACACCUUGGCCACGAGACGUACACUCUCUACGCCACGUCAGGUCAGGCCCGGGCGGAGUGGGUUGAGAAGAUCAUUGAGGCAAAGACGCGCCAUGCCAAGGCAUUGUUCUCACAGAAUGCCGAGCCGUUCCGUCUCCGAGUGCUUGCCGACAGUGCCUUCGUCUAUGAUGCGGCGUCUGCUGUCGGAAGACAGCCAGGUGUUCCUAUCAGAGGCACCCCGCUCGACCGCGCCGUCCGCGAGAUAGAGGAAGUCUAUGGCCCUGGCAGGGGACCGGCUCCUGUGUGCAGGGCACAAGUCAACUGCGCCUGCGGAUUCAACGUGUAUGGCAAGUCCAUCAUCGCGAUUGGAACAGACUACGGCGUGUACAUCUCCGAUGCGACAAAUCCCCGUGGUUGGAUGAGGUCGGUACAAACUUCCAGAGUAACGCAAAUCGCUGUGCUCGAGGAGUUCUCGAUCUGCCUCGUCAUUGCGGACCGAUCUCUUAUUGCUUAUCCGCUGGAUGUGAUCGCGCCAGUCUCAAACUUCCCAGCCCCCGCUCAUGACAACCCGAGAAGGGCGCCUCAAAGAUUGGCCAAGGAUGUCGCGUUCUUUGCUACCGCGCGCAUGAAGGAGCGCAUGCUCGUCUUUUUCAAGCGAAGGGAGGGCAUGCACAACACCUUCAAGGUGCUCGAGCCGGUCUUCCAAAAGUCGACUGAGAAGAAGUCUAGGCUGUUCGGUGGCCGUAGGGGGAUGGGCGGUAGCACCGACGCCUUCCGCGACUACGACGAAUUUUACUUGCCGGCGGAGUGUUACUCACUCAACCUCUUCCAGAGCUACAUCGCGGUCUCGACUGCAAAGGGCUUCGAGUUGCUCACCCUCGACAAGAAGCAGACCAUGUCCAUUCCCGAUCUCAAACAGCCCGCAAUCGCCAACAUCGCAAGCAGGAUACGAGACCAAAGGCCGUUGGGCAUGUUCAGGCUGAACGAUCAGGAGUUCUUGCUGGCAUACGAGGACUGUGCCGUCUACGUCGACAAGCACGGCGACGUCAGCCGGACCCUGAUUAUGGAGUACUCGGGUAAGCAGAAGAAGGCUACCAGUGCGACCAUGUACGGCCAGUAUUUGCUCCUCUUCAACGGAGACUACGUCGAGGUGCGCAACGCAGAGAACGGCCGCCUCAGGCAGAUCAUAGCUGGCCGCGAUGUCAGAUGCCUCGACUUCGGUGUUAGAGGCCCGACGGGAGGCAACGCAUCAAACAACCAGAACAGCUGGAUCGGCGGCCAGACGCCGGCAGGGGAGGAUUCCAAGGGAACAGUGAAGAUCUCAAUGAGCCAUCCUGAGCAACACGGCGUUCAAAUCGUAUUGGAGAUGCUUCUCAAUGACGGACAUAUGGAGAAAUAG